CCGGCUUCUCUUUCUCUUCUCUGCCUCUCGUGUUGAAGGACCUUCCCGAGCUACUGUACAUAAUGGCUAACGUUGUUGAUACUAAAUUAUACGACAUUCUUGGAGUUUCCCCAACUGCCACCGAGAAUGAGCUGAAAAAGGCAUACAGGAAACUGGCAAAAGAAUACCACCCUGACAAAAACCCAAAUGCAGGAGACAAGUUCAAGGAGAUCAGCUUUGCCUAUGAGGUCCUGACCAACCCAGAGAAGAAGGAACUGUAUGACCGGUAUGGGGAGCAGGGCUUGCGGGAAGGAGGUGGAGGAGGGGGGGGGAUGGACGACAUCUUCUCCCACAUCUUUGGAGGAGGUCUGUUUGGCUUCAUGGGCGGACAGGGACGCAGCCGGAACGGAGGAAGACGACGAGGAGAAGACAUGGUUCACCCACUCAAGGUGACACUGGAAGACCUGUACAAUGGUAAAACAACCAAACUACAGCUUAGCAAGAAUGUCCUGUGUAGCACUUGUAAUGGCCAGGGGGGGAAGACAGGAGCUGUACAGAAGUGUGUGGCGUGCAGGGGGCGUGGCAUGCGCAUCAUGAUCAGACAGCUGGCUCCUGGGAUGGUCCAGCAGAUGCAGUCUGUCUGUACCGACUGCAACGGAGAAGGUGAGGUGAUCAGUGAGAAGGAUCGCUGUAAAAAGUGUGAGGGGAAGAAGGUGGUGAAGGAGGUGAAGAUCCUGGAGGUCCACGUGGACAAGGGUAUGAAGCACGGCCAGAAGAUCACCUUUGGGGGAGAGGCGGACCAGGCGCCGGGGGUAGAGCCUGGAGACAUAGUCCUGGUCCUGCAGGAGAAAGAACACGAGACUUACAGACGAGACGCCCACAACCUCCACAUGACCCACAAGAUCGGACUGGUGGAAGCUCUCUGUGGGUUCCAGUUCACGCUGAAACACUUAGACGCCAGACAGAUCGUAGUCAAGUAUCCCGCUGGUAAAGUCAUCGAGCCAGGCUCCAUCAGGGUGGUGAGAGGCGAGGGCAUGCCCCAGUACCGUAACCCCUUUGAGAAAGGAGAUCUCUACAUCAAGUUUGAUGUCCAGUUCCCAGACAACAACUGGAUCAGCUCAGAGAAGCUCACGGAGCUGGAGGACCUGCUGCCCACACGCUCUGAAGCUCCCAUCGUGUCUGGGGACGCCGAGGAGGUGGACCUGCAGGACUACGACAACAGCCAGGGCACGUCCGGAGGCGGCCGGCGCGAGGCCUACAACGACAGCUCGGACGAGGAGGGGGGCCACCACGGCCCGGGGGUCCAGUGUGCGCACCAGUAACAGCUCUUCUCGCCCCCCCCACACACACAUACACAGGGGAGUAUAUAUGAGUUGCACAGGAGAUAACACGGAUGUGGUUCAGGCUUUAUCUGGUUUGCCUUUUAUGAUAAAAGAAACAUGCCCAGCCUCCCAUCACCAACCCCUCCCUCCUCCCCUUCCACUCAUUCCCUUGUAAUAAAUGCACAUCCUCCCCUCCCUCCCUCCCUCCCUCCCUCCCUCCCUCCCUCCUUCCCUCGUCUCCUGCUUUCUCUGUGGUGACACCAGAUUAGAUGGGAAGAGGUUGGUUCUUUGCUCGUUGUGUAAUUUGCAUUUUUGUUCUUAUAGUACUUUUACGUUAAUUUAAACUAACCACACAUCCGUUUGUAUAAAUGCAGUUUUGGAGCUGGAAAGUGCAGGACUGACUGAGCCCAGCUUACAAAACUCUCAUUUACCCACACUUUUAGGGUUUGUAUGUAUCUGUGCUUGAUUUUUACUGCUUUACGUUGAGUAGGUUUUUACUUUUUUGGUUUCCAUUUUUAAUUGGAACAAGACAAUAUUGUGUAUAAGAAAUGAUUGUCAGUAAGCUUUAUAUCAGCUGCUGUGCUACAAAGUGGUGUGUCAAAACAAGAUUGACAAUAAUAAAAGAUUUCAUUAGUAAAUGGCCUGUAUCUGUGCAUAGCCCAGGUGCAUGUAGAAGCCCACUUUAGCUCCUGCGCUGACUAAACAUCCAAUCAAAUGAGUGAAUAAAAAGCAUCAUACUUAUGUGAAAAGGUCAUGAAGCUGUUGAAUAAAAUGUUCUUUAAAAUCUGAAA